UAGAUCUAGAUCUAGAUCUAGAUCUAGGUUCUAGAUCUACCAUUACAGUACGGCAGUAGGUAACUGGUGCUGUCUCAAAGAAUUGAAAGUCAACAAUGCAUCAAAUUUUCAGUGCUAUAGUUUUGUCAGUUGUGUGCUGCGCAUCAUUAGCUGGAGCCCAGAGUUCAGAAGAAGGAGAUUGUGAUCCAGACGUGCCCUCAAGACCCUUACCUAAGCCACGUAUACUGUACGCCGUAUCUUCGGGAGAUAAAAUUUUUUGUCCUGCUGGACAAUUUUGGCACGGGACCACUGGCGUGUGUGAGCCUUGCAAACCUGGACACUUUAUGACAGAAGCGAUGGCUCGGGAAGGAAAACAUUCUCACUGCGAACAAUGCUACGCUAUUGAUCCUGUUAAUGAAUAUCUCAAGAAUCCUUGCAAUGCUACAAGGGAUUCAGAGGUGUACUGCAAAGGGAGGAUGUACCGUAAGAAACGUUAUGAUGGAAAGUGUUACUUUGAUUGUGUCCCCUGCAGCCUAUGUGGGGUGAGUGUAAAUCUUUACUUGAAUUUUGAGAAACAAACCUGUGACGGCUAUAGAGACACAAUAUGCUGUAAACAAGACAGUGAUUUUGUUGAUGGAAAUGGAACAUGUGCGGAGAGCCAGUCAGGAUCACACAGGGAAGUGAGUACUACUACACAGAAGGAGAAUUUGUCACAUAAAAAAGAUCACUCCAACAAUGAGAAUGCUGCUCGUCAACCUCAGGCAACUGCACUGGUUAUCUUUUCUUUGAUCUUUUAUUUGAAAGUUUACAAUUUGUCAUUUUUUUAAUAAUUGUUUAUGUAUACAACUUUGCUCAACUGUAGGUUUCUUUCUAUUUAU